UGCGUUACGCGGUGGAAUAAACAGCCUCGUCUUCUUGGGACUGACUGAUUCUGCUGAGUACGUUGGCUCUGUUGGCUCUGUGACGAGGGUCCUCUGACUGCCCUCUCCGUUCCUUUCUUCCUGUGACGACGGUAGAGGAUUCACUCAGUCCUCCGACUACCCUCUGCUCCUCUCCUCCCUUGACGAGGGUACAGGAUUAACUCAGUCCUCUGACUGCCCUCUCCUCCUCUCCAUUCCUCUCUUUUCCUCUUCUCUGUUCCUCUCUUUCUGUGACGAGGGUACAGGAUUUAAUUAUUAUUAUUAUUUAUUUUUUUACGUUUAUUUAACUAGUCAAGUCAGUUAAAGAACAAAUUCUUAUUUUCAAUGACGGCCUAGGAACAGUGGGUUAACUGCCUCGUUCAGGAUUUACUCAGUCCUCUGACUACAGACGAGACCCUGUCCUCGUCUAUUCAUUGGACUGAUUGGAAGGUACAGUAAAUUGAUGGAACAGCAGCGGGGUGCAGGCGCUCCAGAGGGUGUGGUGUCGGGGGUGCUGACCCCUCCCGUCAGGAGGAGCAGUAAAUUAGCCAGUCUGGGACAGAUCUUUAAACCCUGGAAAUGGAGGAAAAAGAGGAACGGCAAGAUCCAACAGAACUCCGCAGUGGGAAUCGAACCCACAACCCUGGCCGUUGCGCUGUGUGUUUCAGCUUUAGAGCGGACCCGGGAUGAACUGGCCAAUAGGGGCCUGGAGGGGAUUGAACCAGAGUUUUGUGAGGCGUGUGGGGGGUUAGAAGACCCUGACACUCCCAGCCAAUCGGACGCAGAGGAGAGAGAGGAGGAGGAGCCUUUGGCGCCCCUGGCAACCACAUCAGAGUACCUGGUCAGCGAUGAAGACAACCCAUCUACAGCUGUUGAUCUGACAGAAGACACUUUGACAGUGGCGGACCAGAGUGAGGACGGAGGGGAGGAGGACACCUCCCUCUGUGAGCCCUGUGUGGAAAGCUUUCUGGUACAGGCUGAGACAGGAGGGGGGCAGGAGACACCUCAUCCCAUGGACCCCCCAUGGGACCUCCCACACCCCAACCUACCCAAACUACUUACCAGGCUGGGCAGCCUAGAGGGUCCUCACCCCUUCCCUAAGUCGGAUCCUAACCUAGAGAGGAAGAAGUCUCCAGCCACUCUACCCCGGAACUUCACUUUGCCCAGGACUACCCAGGGUUCCUUGCUGCGAGGACGGAUCUCCACCCCUACCGGUUCCCCUCACCUGGGGGCACUGCGACCCCCACCGCCCCCCAGCUGUAUUAUAGAGGAGCUACAUCGGGCCCUGGCCACCAAACACAGACAGCACAGUUUCCAACCGAAGGAAAUGAGCUCUUCUCCGAAGCUUCGGUACGACAGUCGUCUGGCGCGUACAGCCAGCGUGGAGAAAGUCCCAACCGGAGGGAUGGAGAGAGAGAAGGAGAGAGAGGAGAGAGAGAAGGAGAGAGGGAAGGAAUCAGACGAGAACAAGGAGAACAGACGUCUAGAUGAAUUCUACAACGACCCUGACCGCUGGAAUGACUCUGUCAUCUCUGGCACCCUGCCGCGGCGGAUGCGUAAGGAGUUGUUAACAGUGAAGCUUCGUAACCGGCCCAGUCAGCAGGAGCUGGAGGACAGAAACAUCUUCCCUGUUCGCUCAGACCUGGAGAGACAGGAGACACGACAGCACAUAGAGACCAAGCUGGCCAAGCGGCUGAGCCAGAGACCCGCGGUAGAGGAGCUGGAAAGUCGGAACAUCCUCAAACAGAGGAACGACCAGUCAGAGCAGGAGGAGAGGAGAGAGAUCAAACAGAGACUCAACCGGAAGUUGAACCAGCGUCCUACAGUAGAUGAGUUGAGGGACAGGAAGAUACUGAUUCGUUUCAGUGACUAUGUUGAGGUGGCCAAGGCUCAGGACUACGACCGCAGGGCAGACAAACCCUGGACCAGGCUGUCUGCUUCAGACAAGGCAGCAAUAAGGAAGGAGCUGAAUGAGUUCAAGAGCAACGAGAUGGAGGUUCACAAUUCCAGCAAGCACCUGACAAGGUUCCAUCGACCGUAGUGUAGAGGUAGUUUCUUCUGUGAAGAACCAGCUGUGUGGUCAGUGUAGACCAUGUGACAGUCUCCUGUUCCCAGGCCCAGUCUCCUGUUCCCAGGCCCAGUCUCCUGUUCCCGGAUGUUCGACCUACAGAUUUCUGUCUGUCUCUCUACCAACAUGGAGGAGCUGUCUGUCUCUCUGUGUGUCACAAUGGAGGCCAUGUCUCUAGAGCUGGAGCCCAGGAAAGAUAAAAGACUGAUAAACUCUUAAAGGAACUAUUAACACGUCCAUGUGUGCUGUUUCCUGGAUGUCAUCCAAUGAGAAAAAGACUCCUGGAUGUCAUCCAAUGAGAAAAAUACUCCUGGAUGUCAUCCAAUGAGAAAAAGACUCCUGGAUGUCAUCCAAUGAGAAAAAGACUCCUGGAUGUCAUCCAAUGAGAAAAAGACUCCUGGAUGUCAUCCAAUGAGAAAAAGACUCCUGGAUGUCAUCCAAUGAGAAAAAGACUCCUGGAUGUCAUCCAAUGAGAAAAAGACUCCUGGAUGCCAUCCAAUGAGAAAAAGACUCCUGGAUGCCAUCCAAUCCAACCAGCCCAAAGGGAGGAACUAUGAAGAGCCUUCAUCUUAGCCCAGUGGAACCAGCCCAAAGGGAGGAACUAUGAAGAGCCUUCAUCUUAGCCCAGUGGAACCUGCCCAAAGGGAGGAACUAUGAAGAGCCUUCAUCUUAGCCCAGUGGAACCAGCCCA